AUGCCACCGAUGUCGGCAACCCCAAGGAGCACGCGCCGUUCCGCUGCUGCCGCUAAGAAGAAGGUCGAUACUCCCAAGGGUACAAGCUCUACCAAGCAAGCCAACAAGGUCAAGAUUGCUCGGAACCGCAAGGACGACGGCAAGGAAGAAGUUCUCACUCCUGGAAAAGACCCAAAAGACUUCAUUCAAGUGCACAAGUGCGAAGGCCUCGUCGGUUCCUACGCCAUGUUCGGCCGCAGGGACGACUUUCGGAAGUUCGUCCUGUCCAGUCUAGUGCUGAACAGCUACGUUAAUGCUUUCACCGACCGCGGAAACAUCCAAGUGCGCCAAAAGAAUGUCUUGGAAUACAUUCGUGAUCAGAAGGUGGAGAUGGAAUCGGAUGUAAGCCCUAUAGAGGUCUACCCGGUGCAGAUGGACGGGCGUUACGCUGUUCAACGAACCGCUCUCGCAUGCGCACAGAUGUACAGACAGGUUGAAAAGGCCGCUUCUGGGCAACGUCCGUUCGAUCAAGAUCAAGAGAACAGAGCCGUCAGCGCGUUCAAGGCCCUGACAGAUAGGCAACUACCGGUUUUCGACCGGUCGGACGUAAGCGUGAAGAGCUUCGGCCCUCACCUCAAGUACGGAGAAAGCGACCUAGAGCCGUACAAUCGCGCCUUCAACGUUAUCAUGUAUCUGGCCUGGUGCUUGAGCCCCAAAGUAUGGAAAUCAAGGUUCGGAAUCGAAAGUUGGGACGAAGAGGUCCAUUUUGCUACACUCCACGUCCCGCACUGGAUGAGGGAACAGGAAGCCACCAAAACGGCUGCUCAAGCUCCAGAUCAAACCGCAAGUGCAUCCGAGCCGUCCAGGCCAAACCCCGAGGUUCAGCCACGCUGGUUGCGGUUAACAGAGGCCAAGUCACCUAAGCAACAAAAGCUCAUGGAGUACCUUACGGACCACGGGCUAGACUUGGAUAGCAUACCGGAACUAAGAAUAACAGUCAGGCCGACAGCAACUGUGGCAGAAGUCCGCGACAUCAUCCGAGCGAGGUUCCUCAUGGACCAGGACCAGGCAUAG